AUGUCGCCUUUUUAUCUUCUACCUUAUUUCCAUCAUUCUUAUCUCUCACUGAUCAAUAUCUUUUCUCGCAGAACAAGAAUCUACGACGCCGAUCAUGAAGUUCUCAAAGCGUUCAAAGGAUCGGGAAUCGAGAUCAUUAUCGGGCUAGGAAACGAAUUCCUGAGAGAUAUAAGCAAAAUCCAUGAUCGAGCCAUGGAUUGGAUGAAAAACAACAUUGAAACCUUCGUCCCUGGGAACCGUAUCCGUGGAAUUGCAGUCGGAAACGAGGUUCUAGGCGUCGGCGAUCAGGACCUCUUAGAGGUCCUGCUACCGGAGGUGAAAAACAUCCACACUGCUCUCGACCUCCUCUACCUAGCCGACGAUGUUGAGGUUUCAAUCCCACAUUAUGACGGUCUAUUCGCUAGUUCAUUCCCUCCGUCAUUGAUAAGAUUGUUCAAUGAAAUUGUUAUUGAAAUUGGAAGACUUAACACGAAAGAUGAGGUAGGAUGGCCUCAUGGUAACACUGAUAUUGUGUGUGCUAAGUUCACGUCUAAUCUUCCUCCAAAAUCCAUGGUAAUACACACUUACAAAUCAGAAAUGAAACAUAUUUACAACAUUUUGAAUGAUUUCUGGUGUCAAUUUGAUAAAUGGUUGUCUCUUUCGUUUUGCAAGGAUCUAGGCUUUGCGGAUCUGCAGAAACCACAAGCUGAGCUUGAUGGAAGGGUAUGUGCAGCUGUUAGACAAAAUGGUCUUAUGGAACUUUAUGAUACACUAUUUAUUCUACUGGAUAUGACAUUAGCUCAGCUUCUCAUGACUGAUAAUGACUUUAGGAAUUCAAAAUUUAGGAAACAACUUAUGGAAACAGUGGAUUCUUUGUUAUCUUUAGAAGUUAUUCCUAUAUUCAAGGAGAAUCAUUCCAUUAGCACCCGAAAAGCUAUAUAUAAGGUACAUAUUGCUUGA